CGCGUAAUUUAGUCUUUAUCGAGACGCCAACCGGGAAGGAAGAAAAAUAUUUGACGAUUAGUUUUGGGUGAGAAAAAUUCCGAAAAGCCGUGACAAAUUGACCGGGCGCCGGACAAUGUUCGUCUGUUUUCUCCGAGUGUCACCAAAAUGAGAUGCAGAUAAGCUGUGGAAGAUUAAUCAUCGCCAGAGGAGUGAAAUAGCUUGCAAACGAAAGUGUCAAUAACACCCCAAAACGAUUCAUUCGAAUAUUGUUGUCAUAAGAGAAAUAUGUUCACUUUAAGAAAAUUUGCGAUUUCUGUGCUAGUGUGUGCCAUAUUGUUCUGCAGUUCUGGUGAUGCAUUUUUCUUCUUGCUGAAGUCAUUGGCCGAAACAGGAAGAUACGACGAUGACCGAUUUAAUUCCGUGCAACCUACUUAUACGACAACUCACACCAAGGACAUUCCGGAGUAUGAUUUCAUAAUUGUUGGCGCAAGUCCUGCAGGAUGUGUGCUGGCGAAUCGGUUGUCGGAAAAUCCUGACUGGAAAGUGCUGCUGCUGGAAGCGGGACCCGGGGAGAACGAGUUCAACAACAUCCCCCUGUUGACGACAUUUUUGCAGCAAAAUUCCAACUACAACUGGGGUGAUGUUGCGGAAAUGCAGAAUAACUCUUGCUGGGGAAUGAUCGACCAACGGUGCAGCAUUCCCCACGGCAAGGGACUCGGUGGAUCGUCUCUCAUCAACUACAUGAUGUACACCCGAGGAAAUCCGGCCGAUUUCGACCGCUGGGCUGCCCUUGGCAAUCCAGGAUGGUCUUACAACGACGUUUUGCCUUAUUUCCUUAGGAGUGAAUCGGCCAGUCUGCGAGGGCUGGAAAACUCUAGCUAUCACGGCUACGGGGGCGAGCUAAGGGUGGAAUUUCCCCGUUUUAGGACCAACCUGGCGCGAACUUUCGUUAGAGGUGCGAAAGAAAUCGGCCAUAAAAAGAUAGACUACAACGGGAAAUCUCAGCUGGGUGUGUCGUACAUUCAGACGAAUGCGAUGAACGGAAUGCGACAAACGGCUUAUCGCGCUUUCGUGGAACCCAUUCUGGCCAGUCGUCCGAAUUUACACGUCAAACCGAACAGCCGGGUUAAUAAGAUUUUAAUCAAUCACAACACGAAGGUCGCUUAUGGAGUGACAUACGUGAAGAACUUCAGGCAUUUCGAUGUUCACGCGAGGAAAGAGGUUAUCAUAACUGCGGGAGGUAUCAACAGCGCCCAGUUGCUGAUGUUAUCCGGAGUGGGCCCCAAGGAACAUUUGCAGAACAUCAAGGUACCGGUGGUGGAAAAUCGUCCCGUUGGCCAGAACAUGAUGGAUGGUGUGCUAUUUAAUGGACUAACGUUCGUGUUGAAUGAGACUGGACAGGCGCUGUUGACCGACAGCAGGUUCCAAUUGCAUUCCAUUGCUGAUUACUUUAAUGGGCAGGGACCGUUAACCGUUCCAGGUGGGGUGGAGGCAUUAGAUUUCCUGCAAACAAGCCGAGCCCAGCAAUCUGGCGUGCCUGACAUUGCGCUCAUUUUCUCGACCGGAUCACUAGUUUCCGAUGGUGGACUCGGAUUGCGUAACGGGAAACGAAUCAAGACCAGCAUCUAUAACAGGGUCUAUCGGCCACUGGAAACAAUUCCAAACGAUCAGUGGACGGCAACGGUAAUGCUGCUUCAUCCCCAGUCCAGGGGACAUUUGAAGUUGAGAAACGCAAACCCUUACAAUGCACCCAAAAUUUACACCAAUCAGUUAUCGGAAGAAAACGAUGUUGAAACCCUGCUAGAAGGUAUCAAAGAAGCGGUCCGGAUUUCCAAAUCUGCUUCCAUGAGACGGUACGAUGCCCGGGUAUUGGGAAUCCCGUUGCCAAAUUGUGAUCAAUAUCCACUGACGGAUGAUGAGUACUGGCGUUGUGCCAUCCGGACUCUGUCCAGUACGGCCUAUCAACAGCUGGGGGCUUGCCGGAUGGGCCCUGAGGAAGAUCCGACGACAGUUGUGUCACCGGAACUGAAAGUUCAUGGCGUUCAUAAUCUCCGGGUGGCCGAUGUAAGUGUGGUGCCAACAACGAUUUCCGGACAGGUUGGUGCUGUCGCUUAUAUGAUCGGAGAAAAGGCAGCCGACCUCGUUCAGAGCCAGUGGAAUUCAGUGUGAUAGAAAAGUGGGAAUGGCAAUUUUCAUCAAUGCAUCAACAGUAUUUAGACUAAGCUAGUAAUUUAUUAUUCCGUCAUGGUUAUUUUAAUAAAAUAAACUCAUCACAAGCUACCUGUAUACUGUAGGUGAUAAUAAUGUGUUUCUGUUAUAAUCAUCAAUUCCAGGAGA